AUCGGGGCUACGCAACCGACCGCGUGACGUGUUUCCGGUUAGAAAUGUAGGCUGGCUCAUUUACCAUAGUAACAGACAGCGCCGUGGAGUUUUUCCAACAAACAACAGCAAACAGGCAUGACAAGUGCAAGGGAAGUUUCGUCUCUUCAAGGUGAAUCCACCUUCACUGACCGUCAAAGGUCUCUGUCAUCAGAGGUCCCUGUGGAGUGUUUGGACUACGCAUACAUUGAAAAGUGCAAUGAUGUGAAAUACCUGGAGAAGAUUCUAAGGGUGCUGAGGUCUGGUGAUGAGGGCUUUUACCCUCAUCUGAUCCAGUUCUGUGAGGAUCAUCUGGAGAAACUGGACCCGAAGAACCGAGCACUGAGGAAGGCAACUCCUGUCGCAACAGCGUCCAGUCUUUCCAAAGAUGAAUGGAGCCAAAUUGUUGAUGAACUAACAACAUGGCAGGAGGAAACCAAACAUGCUGAAACUUUGCUGAAACAGCAGCCUCCAUGUGAUGAUGUAAUGAAGGAAAUACCAUCGAUAAGAAAUUCUAACUGUUCCAUUUCACUUAACAAGAACUCAAAUACUGCGGAAAGGAGAAAGUCUUCCAAACGUGUCAUACCACGUGAUUAUCGAGAAUGGGACAAGUUUGAUGUAGAAAAUGAAUGUAAGAGGAUUGAUGGGAAUAUGAACCACAGUCAGCCGGCAGCAAGUAAAAUCAAAGGAAUCUCUCAGAUCAAGACAGAAGUGGAUACUUCAUUGCUAACCCAACAGGAGAAACUUGUGAUGGCAAACAGAGAGAAGGACAAAGGCAAUGAAGCCUUUAGAGCCAACGAUUAUGAAGAGGCGAUCUCCUACUAUUCCAGGAGUUUGUCUAUUAUACCAACUGUGGCUGCGUACAACAACAGAGCCCAGGCAGCCAUCAAACUUAACCAGUGGCAGAAUGCAAUGACAGACUGUCACAGUGUUCUUCAGCUGGAACCAGGAAAUGUGAAAGCCCUGCUGCGACGAGCCACUAUACACAAGCACAUGGGUCAAGUCCAGCAGGCAGCUAAAGGCCUGCGGGAGGUUCUGAAGAUGGAACCACAUAAUGUUUCAGCCACAGAACUUCUAUCUGAAAUUGAGAAAGAAUGUCAACCGGAGCAGCAAAAACAAGGCAAAAAAAUCAUCAUUCAAGAAGUAGAGGAAGAGAAAGAUGAAAACACGGAGAAAAAAACUGAAGCCUUUCUGGUUGAACCCAGCCAGCCUGUGGGAGGGGAGGAGAGAUCAGCUGCUCCUGCGGAAAGGGGGAACAUGGGGAAUGCUCAGAAGAAGCCCAAUGGCAAAGGGGACCUGGGACAACACAAUGAUUCAAGCAGCUCUCACACAAAACACCCGUGGAGUAAAGGAGCGAACGCAGACAAAUACAAAGUCUCCACUCAGGAGUCCAAGGAAAAGGUGGCCAAUGGAACAAACCAGAGGGGCUCGACUGCUUCAGCCCACGCUGAUCAGGGCAGCAGUGGCAAUCAGACUCAAGCUGGAGGAACUGUCAACCUUGAUGCUCCAUGUGGAGCUCUCCCUCCACCGCUGGCCCGGCUAAAGAAUGAAGGAAACCUGCUGUUUAAAAAUGGACAGUUUUCCGAUGCACUGGAGAAAUACUCACAAGCCAUUCAGGGAUAUAACGACUCAGGGAUUGACAGUCCAGACGACCUCUGUGUACUGUAUUCCAACAGGGCAGCGUGCUACCUGAAAGAUGGUAACAGUCAAGAAUGUAUCCAAGACUGCACGAAAGCUCUGGAGCUGCAGCCUUUCUCUCUAAAGCCCCUCCUACGCCGUGCCAUGGCUUAUGAUUCCCUGGAGCGUUACCAAAAGGCCUACGUGGAUUACAAAACCGUCCUGCAGAUAGAUGCCAGUGUGCAGGCAGCACAUGACAGCGUCAACAGGAUCACUCGAGUACUCAUUGAUCAGGAUGGUACAGAGUGGCGAGAGAAACUUCCGGAGAUUCCCCUGGUGCCUCUGUCAGCUCAGCAGCACCGCAGAGAGGAGCCACCAAGCGCAGAUGUUCUACAAGCCAGAGCAGAGAAAGCAGCCAGAGAUGCAGAAAGAAAAGCAGAAGUUCGUUUUGCAGCACUGAAGCAGGAAGGAAAUGAUUUUGUGAAGAAGAGCCAAUACCAGGACGCAGUGGGAAAGUACAGUGAAUGCCUUAAACUAAAGCCAGAGGAUUGUGCUAUCUACACCAACAGAGCCCUGUGCUACUUGAAGCUGGACAUGUUCAACAAGGCCAAGCAGGACUGUGAUGCAGCCCUGAAACUGGAACCAACCAAUAAGAAAGCCUUCUAUAGACGAGCUCUGGCCAAUAAAGGUCUUAAGGAUUACCUGGCAUCCAGCUCUGACCUGCAGGAGGUGCUGCAGCUGGACCCCAACGUGCAGGAAGCUGAGAAGGAGCUGGAGGAGGUGACAGUGCUGCUCAGACAGAGUCUGGCCAACAACUCUCAAGGGAAACCCAGGAAGACUGUCCCCAUCACAGAGGUUGAUGAUGAUGAUGAAGAAAUACCAGCAGUUCCUGACUCAGCAGACACCUACAGAAGUGAGGAGAUCACCAUCAACCUCCAUCCUUCAAACAGCUACGAGUUUGGUCAAUCUCUGAACGCAGCUCACUCUGGUGGAAGCACAGCGGUCUGUGCUGACCUCCUGACCUUCACGGCUCCAGAGAAUCUUCCACAGUACCUGAGCACCCAGCUGGAUGGACUGACCCUCAGCUUCAUUGUGAAGGUCCUGGACACCCACCUUCUGAAGAAAAAACCUGACCUGGUCUACCAACAUCUCAACCAUCUACAUAAGGCUGAUAGGUUCUCGAUUUCAAUGAUGCUGCUAGACAAGGAUGGCCGUCAACACAUCAGUCAUCUGUUUGAACAUCUGUUGAACACAGAGAGUACACAGUUCACACAGAGCGAUGUCCAGAACCUGGCCAACAAAUACAUCUGACUCUCCUGCCCUCCUUCUUGUGGUGUGAGCUGCUGCACCAUGACAACCAUGAUUCUAUGCAAGAACACUGCUCAGUGACUGUAUUAACUAAAGCAGGGAGCUGUAGAAUGUGUCCCACAGCAAUACAACCUCCGAGUGGAGGUGGGUCACAUUCAGUCUACUGAUAUGUACUAUAAAUGAUUGGUGUGUGUAAAGGACAGGAGUAAGAUGUUAUUCUUUAUGGAACAUUUUGCUAUGCAGAUUUACUUUUGUAUUGCCACUAAUGACAUACAACAACUAGACAAACAGAACAUUAAGGACUUUUUACUGCUGUGUACUGAUAAGCAGGAGCAAAGUGUACAGAGUUGCGCAAGACUACAAAGUGUAGUUUGCUCAGGUUCUCAUAGCUUUGCUCAGAUUCUUAUCAGGACUCUUUUCAAACCCCACCACCUCAAAAACAUCAGAACAAACAGCUGCUCAUCGAUUCAACAAAACUAAAUCUAAGCACUAAGAAAAUGUAACCUGCAUGACAUAUUUUUUAAAACUAUUUAAAAUGCAAACAUUAUUAGUGGGAAACACUGUUGCAGGAAAUACAGUUUGUAUCCCUGUGUCUUGGUUGCUUUUGUAUAUUUUGAUUUAUGUCAGUUGAUAAUGUACAGUAUUUUUAAAAAAUAAGUUUAAGCCAAUUAACACUGUUAGGACAGACAUCUGCACAGCGAGUGUUCACAGUGGUGAGAUGCAGCAUCUUGAUGGGAUGCGUGCCUUGGCUGCUUACAAUCUUGACCAAUGUGCAGAUUCACACAUUCAGUAGAUUUGAUGGAUUUUUAAACUUUUGUUCACAAGGCACUAGCACAUGAAUGUUGAGAAUGUUCUUCAUAUAAUAGACAAAAAUUACAAGGGUGUGACUAAUUCAAAUAACUUAUACUAUAUAAUAAUACUAAAUAAUAAUAAUAAUAUAUAAUGUCUAAUAAUAAUUACAUAAUUAUACUAAAACUCAAUACUCACAAUUAUCUCUGUAUUUCUAUAUUUGAUAGGUUUUCCUAGGCUAAGACAUUGGUGCUGGGAAAGGAGCUUUUGAUACAUGUGAAAAAAAUGUGAUCAUUUCUUGGUGCACAUAAUCUCACUCACCCUUGCUUUUCUUCUUGGUGUUGUAAUAUCACCUUGUGUUGAAUUGCUGCAAGUGGAAGUGUUUUCUUUCUAUGCAGAAACAUCCUGACCACCUGUCCAAAACCAGAAGAAAAUAUAAGCAGAGGACAAUGACAAUGAACCCAUGAUUAAAACGAUUGAGGGGAUUAUAUCCAUUUUAAUGUAAACUGCAGCUCUAAAGAAAUUAGCUUUAUUUUUUACUUAAUCCCCUAAAUUAUUUUCAGGGUCUGGAGCCAGAAGUCAUAAAUAACCAUGUAAACCAGAAUAGUCUAUAUUUAAAUAUUUAAAUAAUUAAAAUAACAGUAAGAAUAAGGGCAAGAUCAAAAAUAUUGAUUUUAUUUAUCUACAUCUGUGUCAUUUUUUUGUCCCUCAUUCAAACAAAAUCUGAAGAUUUUUCUGCUCUUGAUUUAACAGUUAAACUCAGUUUAGAUAUUGACAGCAAGUUUUUGUUGGGCAACAGGCAAUAAUUACACAUUCCAGAAUCACAUCCUGGUGGUUUGAAAUUAUAUUUUGGUAGCUUUAUAAAAAUGUGUAUGUUGAAAGUCAGGUGCUCGAUAAACCUGAAAUGUUAAGGUUUUUUAUGUUUAAAAAAAAAAGUAAUUUUAACAUAUCAUUAAAGUUGGAAUCCCA